AUGGUCCUCUUCAACAAAUUCGCUAACAUAAGAAUCUUUUCAAGAAUGGUCCACCACAAAGUUACUAUUAUUGGCUCUGGCCCUGCUGCUCACACCGCUGCCAUCUACUUGUCUCGUGCCGAGGUCAAGCCUACCUUGUAUGAGGGUAUGUUGGCCAACGGUAUCGCCGCAGGUGGCCAGUUGACCACCACCACUGACAUUGAGAACUUCCCAGGUUUCCCUAAGGGUAUCUCUGGUACUGGCUUGAUGGACCAGAUGAGAGAGCAGUCCGAGAGAUUUGGUACUGAGAUCAUCACCGAGACCAUCUCCAAGGUGGACUUGUCCAAGAGACCUUUCAAGUUGUGGACCGAGUGGAACGAGGACGCUGAACCAAUUACCACCGACGCUGUCAUCAUUGCCACCGGUGCCUCUGCCAAGAGAAUGCACAUCCCAGGUGAGGACAAGUACUGGCAACAGGGUAUCUCCGCCUGCGCUGUCUGUGACGGUGCUGUGCCACUUUUCAGAAACAAGCCUUUGGCUGUUAUUGGUGGUGGUGACUCUGCUUGUGAGGAGGCCUUGUUCUUGACCAAAUACGCUUCUAAGGUUUACUUGCUUGUCAGAAGAGACGUUUUGAGAGCUUCUACUAUUAUGCAAAAGAGAGCCAAGAACCACGAGAAGAUCGAGAUCUUGUGGAACACUUCUGCCACUGAGGCUAAGGGUGACGGUAAGGUGUUGACCAGCCUUGACAUUGUUAACAACAAGACCAACGAAAAGUCUGAACUUCCUGUCAACGGUUUGUUCUACGCCAUUGGUCACAUUCCAGCCACCUCUGUGUUCGCUGACCAGCUUGAAACUGACGAGACUGGUUACAUCAAGACUGAGCCAGGUACCGCCAACACUUCCAAGCCAUUCGUGUUCGCUGCUGGUGACGUUCAGGACAAGAAGUACAGACAGGCUGUUACCUCUGCUGGUACUGGUUGUAUGGCCGCUCUUGACUGUAUUGCCAAGCUUGAAGAAGAGGAGGCAUGA